AUGGGCUUACUGGAAUCCAUCUACGAGAUCCGCUCGUCCAACGCUCUUUUUUUCUUUGAAUUUUACUCCGUCCACGCAACCAUCGUCACCCUCUACUCCCUCCACCACAACGAUGAGGUCAACGACAACAAUUCCCUGCGCUAUCUCCAUGUUUACUUUUACGCCAUUCUCGCGGUCUUUGUCCUCGAGGCUCUCCCACGCGGAUGGACCCACGUCCAACACCAGAGCGACGCAAACCAACACGACAAGGCAAACCUCUUCUCGCGAUUGACCUUCUACUACAUGCAGUCGAUCGUCAGCCUAGGCUACAAGCGACCCCUGACGAUUAAUGACAUCAAUAUCUUACCUAAGGAGUCCGAGACCCAGCAUGGAUACGAACAGCUCAACGCGCAGUGGGAAGAUCACAAGAAGGAUGUCCAGACUCACAACAACAAGGCCGAUGCUGACCAUCAAAAGCCUCACAAUUUGAUGCGCGUCAUUGGCAAGGCCUUCUCCGGGCCUUUGGCUAUCAUGAUCUCUAUCCGAGUGUUGGCCUCGAUGCUUCAAUUCCUCCUCCCCGUAUUGAUAGAGCAGAUCAUGGUCUACAUCGAGUCGGACGAAAGUAAGGAUGAGCUCCCCAAGGCACGCGGAGUCAUUCUCGCCAUGGGCAUGCUAACUGUUAGCUUGACGGUCUCGUCCUUGACCAACCAGUUCUUUAAGAAGGAGGCCGAGUUGGGUCUCGAGAUCCGUAAUGCGUUGGUCUCGAUGAUCUACCGCAAGGCUUUGAUUCUUUCUCCUGGAAGCAGGAGGAGUUCUUCAACUGGAGCUAUCACCAACCACAUGUCGAACGAUGCUGAAAAGUGGACUAAGGAGAUUGUCUGGGUCCUUGGCUGGAUUGACGUUCCACUGGAGAUACUGAUCGCCGUCGCCAUGCGUAUGUCUUCCUCUUCUUCACACUUUGCUGCUUGUCUGACAUGUAAGAAAACACAACUCUAA